UUUGUACUGAUGAAAUUACAUUAAAUAUUGUUGUUUAAAUUGUAAUCAAUAAUGUUAGACAAAGUUAAAAAUGUCAUUGUAGUGCUUUCGGGCAAAGGUGGCGUGGGCAAAUCAACAGUUAGCACACAAUUGGCCUUGGCAUUGCGUGCAACAGGUCACAAGGUUGGCCUGCUGGACAUAGAUCUAUGCGGUCCCAGUGUGCCAUAUUUGCUAGGUCUCGAGAACAGCGAUAUUUACCAAUGUGACGAUGGCUGGGUGCCCAUUUAUACAGAUGAGAGCAAAACACUUGCUGUCAUGUCCAUUGGAUUUCUGCUGAAGAACCGCAGUGAUCCAGUGAUUUGGCGGGGACCCAAGAAAACAAUGAUGAUCAGGCAGUUUCUAACGGACGUCAAAUGGGAGGAGCUAGACUAUCUAAUCAUCGACACCCCGCCCGGCACCUCAGAUGAGCAUAUCACAGUCAUGGAAUGCAUGCGAGAGGUUCCCUGCAACGGGGCGAUUAUUGUAACUACGCCGCAGGGUGUCGCUUUGGAUGACGUGCGCAAAGAGAUAACAUUUUGCAAGAAGACGGGCAUCAAGCUGCUGGGCAUUGUCGAGAAUAUGAGCGGCUUCGUUUGUCCACAUUGCACGGAAUGCACCAACAUAUUCUCCUCGAAUGGCGGCGUGGAGUUGGCACAGCUGGCACAGGUGCCACAUUUGGGCACAUUGCCCAUCGAUCCACGUGUGGGCGUAUUGGCUGGUACCACGGCUUCGGUGUUAAACGAGCUACCCGAUUCGAGUACGGCGCAAGUAUUGCGCGGUAUUGUGCAACAUUUAGAUGCGCUGACGACGGCAGUGCCAACGCCUGCUUAAGCUUAACCAAAAAAUGGGGCCAGGCGGCAACGAUACUACUAAGAGCUUUGGUAUUUCAUUUCAUUUUUUGUAUAUGUAAAUAUGUAAUUAAAGUAGAAAUAAAAAACGCUUCAAAAGGAAUGUGUAA